AUGGAGAAUCUGUACACGGAAUGGAGCCUGGAACAGGACAAAUUGCUGUGGGAACACCGAAAGGAUCCAAUCGUAGAACUGGCGGCUCUGUUGGGUCGAGGAUUGCGGGGCGUACAGGCUAGAUUGGACAAACUCCACAAUGUCAACUCGCCCGCUUACGAACGAUUGUUUGCCAACAAUGCCAAACAACAGUCAACAAAUGACGACACUCCCAAUGAUGGUACAUCCUCCUCCACUACAACAUCCAAGAAACUCAUUCCAUUUUCCGAACUGGCGCGACGGAUUCAAUGGGAUUAUUCUCUGGAUGCCAACGACUUUUUUAUUCUUCACUACGAUCGCGUCGACGAUGCCAUUGUAGAGUCCCCGUGGAAUGCUCCCAAUGACUCGAUCGAAGGUAGUGCCACGUCCUUAAUCGAUGCCUUGCCGGAACAUCGCAUUGUCGCCGUCAAGUACAAGGAACAAGUUGUUUGGGAUCGACCACGAAAACUCGACAAGGUGUUUGGGACACCGGGUAUUCAAGAUAUUGUGGAGAAUUACGAUGAAUGGAAACGACAACACAAUGCCAACCGAGUAUGGUUGCGACAACGACAAGAACAGUUUUCGACACUGCUGCAACGAAUGAUGGGACUCCAACAAUUUACAAAGUUCCGAUCCAUGAGUUUGGAAUUGAAACAACAAGUGGAACAAGACGCCACGGUAUCGUCCAAAAUGCUAGUGGAGGAUUACAUACAAGAGUGUCUCGUCAUUUUUCAGCAACUACGACAAGAUCCCGCCGCAAGCCAAGAACCAUCCCUCAUUCCUCCAACCGAUAUCAUGGCAUUGGAAUGCCUCUCCGAAUUCAUGGCACUCAAUCCGCAUCCGGAAUUACGACAAUUGGUCUUGCACGAAAUUGACUUAGCCUUGCGACAACUCGAAUACGGCGGCGGCACCACAAACACGAAUAGUCGCCAAUCCAUCAUAGAACUUCCGCCGCUCGACGAAAAUGACAUUGCCGAAACCUUUGUCCGAGGGACGGGACCGGGAGGACAAAAGAUUAACAAAACCAACAACAAGGUAGUCCUGUUGCACCAGCCAACACAGCUACGCGUCGAAUGUCAAGAAACGCGGUCGUUGCAACAAAAUCGAAAGAUUGCCCGCAAACGAUUGCAGCUCAAACUGGAUGAAUUCUACAAUGGCAGACAAAGUCGGACCAGUAUCAAAGCACAAAAGGCAUCCAGUAAAAAGGCCAAAGCAAAAGCAAAAAGUAAAGCUCGAAAUCGAAAACGAAAACAGCAGAAGAAGGAAGAGGGGGAGUGA